AUGAGUAAAAAAGCAGAAAAAAAGAAAUAAGAAAAAAUAAUAGAGGAUAGAACAUUUGGACUAAAAAAUAAAAAUAAAAGUAAACAAGUUUAAAAGUAUUUGAGUUAUAAAAUAUUUUUUAGUUUUUGUAAAGGAGUUGCUUAAUAAGUUAAACAUAAUGGUGUUUCAAUGUCAAAAUUAUAGGCAGAAGAAUAUGAGAAAAAGAAAUUAGAAAAAUAAUUGGAGGAAGAUGAAAAAUUGAUACAAUCUUUAUAUAAAACAGUUGAAUAAGCAAGAGAUGAAGAAUCUGAAGAAGAAGUUGAUCCAAAAUCAAUAUUAUGUGAAUAUUAUAAAUAAGGUAAAAGAUAAGUAAAUGGAUAGGUCUUUGUUAAAAGGGUAAGAAAUGUAUUUAUUCUCAUGAUAUGAGUCUCGAAUAAAAGACAGCAAUACUUGAUUUAUAUACAGAUUAAAGAUAAUAAUUAACAGAUGAAUGGGAUACUUGUUAAACUUGGGAUGAAAAGACUUUAAAAGAUGUAAUUGAAGCCAAUGAGAAAACAUAUAAAAGGUAUCUAGAUGUAUUUAAAUAAAAUAGUUAAAUUCCAUCAGCUAAAGUUUGUGAUUUUUUUUUGGAUGCUUUAGAAAAAGGUAAAUAUGGAUGGAAAUGGGUAUGUCCUAAUGGUAUGACUUGUCAUUAUAAGCAUUGUUUGCCAUAAGGAUAUGUUUUUAGAAGGAAGGAGGAACUUAAAUAAUAAUUUGAUGGUGAUAUUGAAGAAGAAAUAGAUGAGGAAAUUUAAAAGUUGUAAAAAGGAGGAACAAAAAUUACUAAAGAAGUAUUUGAAAAAUGGAAGAUUGAAAGAGCUGAAAAAAAAAAGUAGGAAGCUGAAAAAUAAAAAUAAGAAGAAUAAAAAAAGAAAGGUUUAAAUUAUUUAUUUAAACAUAGGUGCUAAAUAAACAGGAGGAAAUAAUUAAAUGACUGGAAGAGCUCUUUUUGUUUAUGAUCCUAGUUUAUUUGUAGAUGAUGAAGAAGCUGAAAAUUAAUAUGAAAGAGAAGAGUAAAUAGAAGAGAAUGAAGAAGAAGAUGAAUAGUAAGACAAUGAAAAUAAAUAAAAAUUAUAUGAAGGAGAUGAUAAUCAAUAAUAAGAUUAAAGUGAAGAUGAAGAUUAAUAAUUUAAGUAACAAUAAUCAUGA